CCAAAUCCACAAAAAUCACAACACAACACCCCUUCUCUCGUGAGUUCCAUAAUUCACCAUUCUCUCUUUUUGCUCCGUUUCUCUCUUUUCCCACUCCUCUGCUUCUCUCUCCCUAACUUUCCCAACCCUAGCCCCUUUUUACUCCAACCGAAAUUCCUUCAAUUCUCCGUAACGGUUUCUCGAUCCGCUUAUCCGUUACAAGAAAUCAAUUCAGAUUUUCCGAUGCUUCAACACUAGAAGAACAAGGAGGAGAUGCUCGCGAUUUGAAGGCUCCGUCGCCGCCGUUCAAGGAGGCUCAAUCUGAAUCAGAAUCAGAACAACCGCUCACUGUCGUCGUGUUUGAUUGUGGUGGAUUGGAUUACCGAAGGAACAGACAAAUCUUGUUUUUUUGUUAUUCCUCUUCGGUUCAAUUCGAUUCCACAACAAACCCUAGUUACUGUUGAUAUGGCUUCUCGAAGUUUCUGAUUUCAUAGGGCUUUGCUUCACCGGAUUUGGAUUUGGAUUCGGAUUCGUCUGUUUCAAAGGAGAUUUUUUUGGUUGUACAAGGAAUUUGAUUUCUCUAGAUUCGGAGUUUCUUAAGGAAGACGAAGCUGCAGAACACUGUUGAAGAAUUCUAGAAGUGAAUCUCAUCGUUGUGGCUAUUGAUUGAAAGAGAAAUAUACCAUGGCGGUGUAUUAUAAAUUUAAAAGUGCAAGAGAUUAUGAUUCAAUUCCCAUGGAUGGUCCUUUCAUAUCUGUUGGUACUUUGAAAGAAAAAAUAUUUGAAUCCAAGCAUUUAGGGAGAGGUACAGAUUUUGAUCUUCUGGUCACCAACGCCCAGACCAAUGAAGAAUAUCUUGACGAAGAAACGUUGGUCCCUAAAAAUACCUCGGUGUUAAUUCGUCGAGUACCAGGACAGCGACGUUUACCAAUUGUUGCCGAACUACAACAAAAGGUGGAAAAUAACAUGGUGGAGACUGAUCCUGGGAACAGUAGCUUAGCAGCUGAAGAUAUGUCUGCCAUGAAAUAUCCCGAAGAUUCAGACUGGGAUGAAUUUGGUAAUGAUUUGUAUUCAAUACCCGAUCAACUUCCAGUUCAAUCGGUCAACUUGAUUCCAGAGGCUCCUCCCACAAGCAAAGUUGAUGAAGAAAGUAAGCUUAAAGCGUUGAUUGAUACUCCAGCGUUGGAUUGGCAACAUCAAAGUUCAGACUUUGGCCCUGGUAGAGGUUUUGGAAGGGGCAUGGGUGGACGAAUGGGCGGUGGGCGUGGUUUUGGGUUGGAGCGGAAAACACCUCCACAAGGCUAUGUUUGUCACAGAUGCAAAAUGCCUGGACAUUUCAUUCAACACUGUCCUACAAAUGGUGAUCCAAAUUAUGACAUCAAGAGAGUCAAGCAACCUACUGGUAUCCCUAGAUCUAUGCUGAUGGUAAAUCCACAAGGUUCCUAUGCUUUACCAAAUGGUUCAGUAGCUGUUUUGAAGCCAAAUGAGGCUGCUUUUGAGAAAGAAAUAGAAGGGAUGCCAUCUACACGAUCUGUUGGGGAUCUACCACCUGAGCUCCACUGUCCCUUGUGCAGCAAUGUUAUGAAAGAUGCUGUGUUGACAAGCAAGUGUUGUUUUAAAAGUUUCUGUGACAAAUGUAUUAGGGACUAUAUUAUCUCCAAGUCCAGGUGCGUAUGUGGUGCAACAAAUAUUCUCGCAGAUGAUCUUUUACCGAAUAAGACACUAAGGGAUACCAUCAAUCGCAUACUGGAGUCAGGCAAUAGCAGUACUGAAAAUGCUGGAAGCACUUUUCAAGUUCAAGAUAUGGAGUCUGCCCGUUGUCCACAGCCGAAGAAUCCCUCUCCAACGUCAUCUGCUGCCUCCAAGGGAGAACUGAAGAUUUCACUUGUUAAUGAUGGAACACCAAAAAUACAGGAGACAGCUGGUGAAAUAAAAGCCAUUUCUGCCCCACAGCAGACGUCAGAGCAUGCAAAGAUCCCUAGAGUCGGUGAUGUAUCUGAAGCUACUCAUGAGUCGAUGAGUGUGAAGGAACCAGUGUCGCAAGGGAGUGCCCAGGUGGUUGAGGAAGAAGUGCAGCAAAAGCUGGUUCCUACUGAGGCAGCAAAGAAAAAGAAAAAGAAGAAAGUCCGGAUGCCUGCAAAUGAUUUUCAGUGGAAACCCCCACAUGAUCUUGGAGCCGAGAACUAUAUGAUGCCAAUGGGCCCACCUCCUGGCUAUAAUCCAUAUUGGAAUGGCAUCCAACCUGGUAUGGAUGGAUUUAUGGCACCAUAUGCUGGUCCAAUGCAUAUGAUGGGUUACGGUCUAGGCCCCUAUGACAUGCCAUUUGCAAAUGGUAUGGCUCAUGACCCAUUUGCAAAUGGUAUGCCUCAUGAUCCAUUUGCAAAUGGUAUGGCUCAUGACCCAUUUGGCAUGCAUGGUUACAUGAUGCCUCCUAUUCCUCCUCCGCCUCAUAGGGAUCUUGCUGAGUUCAGUAUGGGGAUGAAUGGUCCACCUCCGGCUAUGAGUAGAGAGGAAUUUGAAGCUCGGAAUGCCAAUUUGAGGAGGAAGCGUGAAAAUGAGAGGCGGGGGGAAAGGGACUUCUCCAAAGAUCGAGAGUUUGGUAGGGAAGCGAGCAGUGUUGGGGAUGUUUCUUCAAUAAAAUCAAAAACUAAACCUAUUCCACCGUCUGCGGGUAGUGAUUAUCAUCAACACCGCCAUCGUUCUGAACGGCUAUCUCCAGAUCGAACUCACCGUGAAGUGGAACCGCCACGUCCAAUUAAAAGAAAAUCAGAUCACCACUCAGAACGCGAACGUGAUGAUAGGGAUCGCGACUACGACUACGACUACGACUACGACCGUCACCAGCAUCGCCGUCAUCACCGAACAGAAUCCUCAUCCAGGAAAUCAUUAGAACCAGUUGCCAAAUCCUCAUCCAGGAAAUCAUCGGAACCAGUUGCCAAAUCUACAUCUCGAAAGUCACCAGAACCAGUGGCAAAAUCCUCAUCGAACGCUUCACAAGCUAUGGCGGCGGCGGCGGCAGCCGCAGCGGCGGAGCGCAAGCAUAAGGCCAGCGUGUUCACACGGAUAAGUUUCCCUUCGGAGGAAGAAGCCGCUGCGAAGAAGAGAAAACUCAGCACCACUUCAGUGACUGAAUCUUCCACCGCGAUCGCCAGUGCAUCCGCGGCACCUUCCCAUAGCUAUUAUGAAGGGAAGAAGAGUAACGCCGACAUGGAUGAUUAUGAAUCUAGUGACGAUGAACGGCAUUUCAAACGGAGGCCGUCAAGGUACGAGCCCUCUCCUCCGCCGCAGGCUACGGAUUGGAAGGAGGAAGGAAGACACUCUAGAGGAACUAGAGAUCGGAAGCAUCGAUAGGUGAAGAUUUUGAACGUGUUGCAGUGCUGUUUACGCAAUGAAAUUAUCGCCAACAAAAAACUUUACCUUUCUCUUCCGAUGCUUAAAAUAAACUUUGCUAGGAUGGUUUUGACCGUGUAACUUUGUUGUGACUCUGUUAAGUAUCAAUAAUUUCGUCCAUGUACAAUUAUGUACUAUGUUUUAUUCAAAUCUAAUUAAAUGUAUCUGUGUUGAUUUUUCGAUUCA